UGAUAGAUCCAUUUUAGUAGCCGUUUCACAUUUCCAAGAAAUCUAAAAUCACAUAAACCAAGCAAAACAAAAGGAUGAUUCCGAUCCUUGAAAUCCUCCAAUAGAAAUUCAUCAUUUUCUUUUGUCUGUAUUUGUUUUUGCUGUCAUGGAAGGUCGCCGGAGGCUAACGCUUCUCGAUCAGAUGUCAGCAAGUGGGAACGGGAGAGACUUAGCUGGUUUAAGCCUGGACGACGUGUUGCUGGCCCCUGCAGCCAAACAGCCACCUCCAGCUCCUGCCCUGCCCCCAACCAUCUCGGGUCGGACUUUGCUCGAUAUAAUCCGAGACGAGGAACCCAAGUCCUACCGGGCCCUGAUUGGCAAGAAGGAUAAGAAAGCCUGGAAGUCGUUUAAAGACCGCCUCCGCCUAAAACGCGCCGGCUCUGCUUGGGCCUCCUCCGUCCGUGUCCCCACUUCGGAUCUCCCUAUCCGGAAUAACACUGUUCACGGUUCCAAUCACCAACAUCUUCACCUUCACCUGAGAUCGCGUCGCAGCUCAGUGAGAUACGUUACGCCCGAGACAAAUCUCGACAUGGUUCAGCAAGUAGACGAGAGCAAUUCCGCGGGAAUGCGGCAGAUUUCGCGCCGGAGCUCGACCCGGUUCGGCCCGAACGCGUCGAUCCCGUCCGACGAGCCCGGUUCGGACAGUUCGGGUCAGAACGUGGGUGCGGCGCAGGGUGUGGCGGUGGCGGCGGCGGCCGCAGCGGCGUCGGCCGAAGAGGCGGAAGCGACGCAUGGAGCGGCGCAAAACGACGUGCCGUCGGCGGACGGGGGUGCAGCAGCUACGACGACGGAGGCGGAGCCGGUGAGGAUGUCGUUGAUGGACCUGUUGGAGGAGACGGACAGGCAGAUGGGGCUGGAGUCGAGUUACACCAUGGAUGACGAGGAUGAAGAAGAGUACGAGGAGGAAGAAGAAGAGGAGGAGGAACAGGCGGAAGUAGGGAAAAUAGAGUAUAAUUGCUGCGUGUGCAUGGUAAGGCAUAAAGGUGCGGCAUUUAUCCCUUGCGGUCACACGUUUUGCAGGAUGUGCUCCAGAGAGCUCUGGGUGCAGAGGGGCAAUUGCCCCCUCUGCAACAAUUUCAUCUUGGAAAUUCUCGACAUUUUCUGAAGAAGAACCGAAAGAAGUCCUUUUUAAUUGGUGUACAACUUUGAACUUCUCUCUGUUUCACUCCACCACUUUGUUUCUUAAUUGGAGUUAUUAGAAACAAUUUUAUUUUAUUUUUGGUUUUUUGUAUAUUUGGUUUAAAGUUUUUACUUGAUGUAUCAAUAGUUUCAGACUUUCAGUGAAUGAAUGAAUGCCUUCUUUCUGGGCUA